AUGUCCUUCCAUCCUCCACUUCGGCCAGAAGUGAAGCCGAAGCCACCGAAGGAAUGGUAUGAAGAAUUGAUGGAUAGGGAUGAAAUCCUUUUAUAUUUCACGGCUAGUCUCGGUGUACUUCUACCAGGCAUUGUAUAUGUGAUAUAUCAUAAAAAAAAAGAACAGCAACUGCUUGCUGAAGAAGCCGCCCGCUCGGAAGUUGCUAUCGUUUCUAUAUGUAAGGAAGGCAGUGCUGCUCAGCGAUUUGUUACUCACUUGGAAUCGACGCUGAAAGCUGAACUAAUUCAAUCCACCCAAACUGUGGCCAAUUGCAUCUUUAAAUAA